UAAAGCACCUUGAUGCAGACUGUAUUUAGACGAGAACGCCCAUCAGUCAUGCGGGAGAUUAGGGACUGUAUGCGCAGUUUAGAUGUAUUUUUUGACUGAAUAAAACAAUAUGUUGAGUGGCGGAACGUAUGUAAGCAAUUGCCAAACGGGAUCUGAAGAACAAAACCUUAAGACAAUACUUUUUACAACGACCCGAUCUAAAGAUACAUUUCUUUUUAAAGGGCUGUUUUUGUUCCGAAUACACGCACAGCCGUGGAUCACGGUAUAGGGGAACUUUUGAAAUUGUUUUGGUCGAUGUUUUUUUGGACUGAUAGCUCGUCUAUCGAAAAGGCCAGUUUAAUUCCUCUGGACCUAGUCAUGGCUGGAUUUGUUUUCUUAGGAUACAUCUGGAUAUGAAUUUCUGGUCCGUUUCAAACUUUGUGAAAUGUGUUAUAUUGGUCGGAGUUUUCGUACCAGUUUGUAAUGGCGGGGAUACAUGUUCUGCGAAAUACCAGGGAGUCGUUAUAACCAAGUACUGUGAUAUCGGAGGAUGCUGUGUUCCCAGCACCGGAAACGAAAACACAGACCCGGACGAAUUGUGUUGUAUAACGACCCUCACUGUGAUUUUGAUUGCAUCUUUCGUGGGGGGACCCAUAAUCAUUUUACUCAUAGUGUGUUCUGGAGUGUGCAUCAAACGUCACUGCGAAAAGAAGAACGAUGCCGACCGGGCUCGAACCAUUGAGUCCGAGAGACAGGAGAGACGCCGAGAACGGCGGCGCCUACGGCAGCAACAGGACCAGGAGGAGGAAGCCAUCCGUGUUAGGCGAUACUUCAAUCCUAAACCGGAAGAUGGCCCAUUGGCCCCUCCAGCGUAUGAUGAAUGUCCCCCGGGAUCCGUUCCAGGUAAUUUACCGAUGUCGCCGCCACCAGCUUAUGACGCUGUAGUACAAGGUAGUACGCUACCAAACCAAGGUCACGACCCAGGGGGACACAGUGAAAGAGUUAACGAACAGAGUAACGGACACAUCGACAUAACCAUUCACGCUCCUACCAUUGGCAGCAGACGACCAAUGAGACGAGUGACGUCAAACAAACAAACAGUGAGCAAUAUAAGCCCUCCGCAAGACACUGUGCAUAAAAACCAAGUGUCGCCCAGUAACAGUUUUAAAACUACUCCCCAUCCAGACCGCGGUCACGGCGCUGUACCUAGUGAACACGAGAAUUUCCAACAGAGCACCACGCAUCCUAGAGCCUUUUCCAGACCUCUCCAGGUCGUUACUGAUGCACCAGCUGAUGAGCCUGCUGAUUUAUUAUAUAUUUAAAAUAGUUCCUAUCGAAAAAAAGGCUGCCUUUGAAUAAUGAUGACUGUACGCAGGGAUACGAAUUAUUCAACACUUUUUAUGAAACAUAUUUGUCUGUUAAUUACAAAGCAUUCAACAUGUAAUUGUUUUUGUUGCUAGUCUGUUAUGUAGUCAUUGGUAAUUGAAUUUUAUUUGUGCCUCAC